AAGUAGAGGGGCUCGGGGCAGUUUGCUGGGGGAUGGCAGGCAAGAAAUGGUUGACCUUCAAAUCCUGGCUCCCUUCUUCCCCAUCCUCCUUAUCGUGAGGGUCACCCUUGGGUGCCCCGCCCCUACCCUGAGUUGUCGGCACCCCUCACCGAGAUCUCAGAACCACAAACACCCCGUAAUGUGUGCGAUUUAAUUGUAGAAAUAAUUUUACUGGGGUCUAAAUACAGUGCGACUCUUAGUUCUAAGGUUGUGCGGAUCACAGUGUCCCAGACUUCGUCAUCACAGCUGGCAGGACUUUCUGAGAUUCUGAGUUUCAGUCCCCAGCUCCUGCGUUUGGAGACGUGACUGGCUGCGCCCUGACGCGGGUCCUGCAGCCCAGCGCCCAUGACCAAGUCCUGCGAGUGGUCGUCCUGCUGGCAGGUGCACCUGUCCUUCCUCUGAGCCAGUAUAGAGAAAACUGCGCCAGGAACAAGGAAGGAUGCCUCUCUUCUUCCGGAAGCGGAAACCUAGUGAGGAGGCCCGGAAACGCCUGGAGUACCAGAUGUGUCUGGCAAAAGAAGCUGGGGCAGAUGACAUUCUCGACAUCUCUAAAUGUGAACUCUCAGAGAUUCCAUUUGGGGCUUUUGCAACAUGUAAAGUUCUACAGAAAAAGGUGUUGAUUGUCCACACGAAUCAUCUCACAUCUCUGCUUCCUAAAUCCUGCAGCCUUCUGAGUCUCGCAACCAUCAAGGUUCUGGAUCUUCAUGAUAACCAACUGACGGCCCUUCCUGAAGAUACUGGACAGUUGACAGCCCUCCAGGUACUAAAUGUGGAAAGGAAUCAACUGACAUAUCUCCCACAUUCCAUUGGGAACCUGAUCCAGCUCCAGACCCUCAAUUUGAAAGACAACAAGCUAAAGGAGCUUCCAGAUACCUUGGGGGAACUUCGAAGUUUACGCACCCUCGAUAUCAGUGAAAAUGAAAUUCAAAGAUUGCCACAGAUGCUGGCGCAUGUUCGGACCCUGGAGACUGUGAGCCUCGAUGCCUCAUCCAUGGUCUACCCCCCGCAGGAGGUUUGUGGUGCUGGCACUGAGGCCAUUCAGCAGUUUCUCUGCAAAGAGUCAGGACUGGAAUACUACCCUCCUUCUCAGUACCUGUUGCCAGUCCUGGAGCAAGAUGGUGCCGAGAACUCCCAGGACAGCCCUGAUGGGCCUACCAACAGGUUCUCCAGGGAAGAGGUAGCAUGGCAGAAUAGGUUCUCAGACUACGAAAAGAGGAAGGAACAGAAGAUGUUAGAGAAGCUCGAGUUUGAGCGCCGCCUGGAACUUGGGCAGCGGGAGCAUGCCCAGCUUCUCCAGCAGAGCAACACGCAGAAGGACGAGAUCCUUCAGACAGUCAAAGAGGAGCAGUCCCGGCUAGAGCAGGGCCUGAGUGAGCACCAGCGCUACCUUGACACUGAGCGGCAGCGGCUGCAGGAGCAGCUGAAGCGGACAGAGCAGAGCAUCUCCAGCCGGAUCCAGAAACUCCUGCAGGAGAAUCAGAGGCAAAAAAAGACCUCUGAGAUUUUGAAGUCACUGGAAAAUGAAAGAAUAAGAAUGGAACAGUUGAUGGCCAUAACACAAGAGGAGACAGAGAACCUUCGGCGACGUGAGAUUGCCUCCGCCAUGCAGCAGAUGCUGACUGAGAGCUGUAAGAGCCGGCUCAUCCAGAUGGCCUAUGAGUCUCAGAGGCAAAGCCUGGUCCAGCAGGCCUGUUCCAGCAUGGCCGAAAUGGAUGAGCGGUUCCAGCAGAUUCUGUCAUGGCAGCAAAUGGAUCAGAAUAAAGCCAUCAGCCAGAUCCUGCAGGAGAGCACGAUGCAGAAGGCUGCCUUUGAGGCGCUCCAAGUGAAGAAGGACCUGAUGCACCGGCAGAUUAGGAACCAGAUUAAGUUAAUAGAAACAGAGUUAUUGCAGCUGACUCAGCUGGAGUUAAAGAGGAAAUCCCUGGACACAGAGGCACUACAGGAGAUGGUCUCAGAGCAGCGUUGGGCUCUCAGCUCCCUGCUCCAGCAACUGCUCAAAGAGAAGAAGCAACGAGAGGAAGAACUCCGGGAGAUCCUGACUGAGUUAGAAGCCAAAAGUGAAACCAAACAGGAAAAUUACUGGCUGAUUCAGUACCAACGACUUUUAAAUCAGAAACCCUUAUCCUUGAAGCUACAGGAGGAAGGUAUGGAGCGCCCACUGGCGGCCCUCCUGGUGGAGCUGUCGGCCGAGCACUACCUGCCCAUCUUUGCUCACCACCGCAUCUCCCUGGACACGCUGAGCCGGAUGAACCCAUCGGACCUGGCCAAGGUGGGCGUCUCAGAAGCCGGCCUGCAGCAUGAGAUCCUACGGAGAGUCCAGGAGUUGCUGGAUGUGGCCAGGACCCAGCCAGAGCUGCUAAAACCACCCAAGGGUGGGAUCCUCAGCACCCUGGAGCUCCCCACUGCCUCCGAGGAGGAUAUUCCUGAGUCAGUGAGCCCGUCAGCUCCCCCCUCAGAGCUAGAGGUGCCAACCUCAGAAUGUGUCGUGUGUCUAGAGCGGGAGGCCCAGAUGAUCUUCCUCAACUGUGGCCACGUCUGUUGCUGCCAGCAGUGCUGCCAGCCACUACGCACAUGCCCGCUCUGCCGCCAGGACAUCGCCCAGCGCCUCCGGAUCUACCACAGCAGCUGAGUGCCCACCACCUACUCUCCCUACCACCUGCAGGCCCAGGGCUCCAGCCCCCUUCACCCCUGCUCUAGCUAGAUUAGUAUGGCCCCUCUGUCCCAGGCCCUGUCCCCACUUCUUGAGAAGGUGCUCCCUAACCUUGACCUCUAAACACUGCUGGAGCGGGUAGAGGUGGGCAGUGUAUCUGCACAGUGUCCCAGCUGGUCUGUAUACUGAAGACGGUGGGAAGACUUCUCGUGGCAUAAGGAGCAGGUCUGAGGAAGAGGGAACAGCUGGGCAACUCUGAGCGCAGGACUGAGUAUCCUAGACGGUGUUUCUGUCAACUCCUAGCUGUCAGACUGGCAGAUGACCAGUGGAGCAUGAGUCUCCUGUUAUUUUAGGUGUAGUGGGAGUACACGAGGCUCUGGGCCUGGAGGAGAGAAGGCUGUGGGGGAAGCUGGCAGGUGGUGUGGCCCCAAGUCACUGCACACUGUCCUCAGUAGUGAUUUUGUGCCACAGGCACCAUGGGCUGACCUCCUUCCUGCUCCCCAACACUCUGGUUCUGGGCCCCUCCUCUCUCAGCUCUGCCCCCACCCACCCCCCACACACACACACAGUGCAGAGGCAGGCACUGAGCCUUGCAGACCAAAAGCAGGACCAUCAAUAAACCCACCUCUUAGCCUGCUCUGCUGGCAUCGUCACUGGGUCCUGAUGGAGUUUGGGCAGUGGGGAGGGUGAGACAAGGGACUGGGGAUCUGGGGAAAGGCUUGUCUCUUGGUCAAAAGAAGAGAAGGAUGAAGCAGAGGCAUUCAUUCCCCACGUGAAGUUACUUAGCACUUCCCCGUCUUGCAGGGCUCAGUAGCAGAGCCAAUUAGGGUGUGACAGCGGCAGCAGCCUCAUUACCCAUAAGCAGGUUGUGCUCCAUGAGCCCCAGCGGGUCGUUCCAGGCCAGGGAGCUGAUGUGUUAAAUGUCUGGGGCCUAGCUGUUGAGACAUGGCCAUGCUGGGUUUGCAGCCCAGAAGUAUCUACCUACCAUGCCCUGUGAGGGUUGUUCGAUGCAAGGCUAAUUUUAAAAUAUAUAUAUUUAUUUAUUCAUUCUUUCUUUCUUUUUUUUUUUUUUUUUUAAUAUUUAUUUUCCCUUUUGUUGCCCUUGUUGUUUUUAUUGUAGUAGUUGUUCUUGAUGUCAUCGUUGGAUAGGACAGAGAGAAAUGGAGAGAGGAGGGGAAGACAGAGGGGAGAGAAAAUUAGACACCUGCAGACCUGCUUCACCCCUGUGAAGUGACUCCCCUGCAGGUGGGCAGCCGGGAGAUGGAACUGGGAUCCUUACGCCGGCCCUUGCACUUCGUGCCACGUGCACUUAACCUGCUGUGCUACCGCCUGACUCCCCAUUCAUUCUUAAUCAGAGCACUGCUUAGCUCUGGUUUAUAGUGGUGCUGGGGAUUAAGCCUGGGACUUCAGAGCCUCAAGCAUGAGUCUUUUGCAUCAUCAUUGUGCUGUCUCCCUAGCCUUUAUUUUAAUGAAAGAAAGAUACAGAGAGAGACCAGAACACUACUCAGUUUAGACUUACGGUGGUGCUGGGGGUUGAACCUGGGACCUCAGAGCCUCAAGCAUGAAAGUCUUUAUAUAUUCCCAUUAUGCUAUCUCCCCAGCCCUGCAGGGUUAAUUCCCUUGUAAUUGCUGUAGAACUAUACCAAGCAUUUGCUGGCAGAUGGUUUUGAACCAAGGACAGUCUUUCCUUUUUAGGUUAGUCAGGCCUGGACUCCACCUCCAGUUGUCUGUAGUCCUGACCAGCCUGAGAACCUGUUUCCCCACGCAGUCAUCUAUACAAGGCACGAUGGGGUGCUUAGUCCAGUGACCACAAGGAGGCGCAGAGUUUGGGAGGGUGGAGAGAGCUGGUUGUGUUCCUGUCUUUUCCUGCCUCUUUGGGACCAUCAGUCCGUGUCUGAACAGACUCUGUGAAGGUCCCUGAGUGUGAAUCUGCUCCCUGAUCAACAGAUGGGGCCUCUUCCCAAUGUCAUCUUCCUUUGUGCACCUCUGAUGAGUCCCACACACCUUUCUGUGCUCAGAGGGGAAACUGAUAGCACGAGAAGAGGGAAAGAACCAGAGUGUCACUCUGGCACACGGGAUGCCAGAGACUAAACUCAGAACCUCAUGUUUGAGAGUCCAGUGCUUUAUCCACUGUAUCACCUGCCUGGCUAGAUCUUGCAUCCUCACUAAGCCCUGGGGAAAAAAGGACUUAAAAAAAAAAAGGCACUUUAUUGAGGAAAUGUUACUGUGUAAGGUGGCUGUCACGAGGGCACAGUUUCACAUCUCCCUUUGUUAGAUGUCUUUCAUCAGAAUAGCUUGCUUAUAGGUGGGACUUACAGGAAGGGAAAACAAAAGAUGAAAUUGUAACCACCUAUAGCCAAUUACAACAGCUCCAAGGACCGUAAAGAGAGCAGGUGGCAUGCUGUGCAGUGGCAAACCCAGGUGAGCGCACACAUUAUCACGUGCAAGGACCCAGUUUCAAGCCCCUGGUCCCCACCUGCAGGGAGAAAGCUUCACAAGUGCUGAAGCAGUGCCUGUGUCUCUGUCUUCCCCUUCCCCUCCCAAUUUCUCUCCGUCUCUUAUCAAAAAGAAAGAACAAAGCAUCAGGCGGUGGCACACCUGCUUGAGUUGAUGUUACAAUGCGUAAGGAACUGGGUUCAAGCCCCCAGUUCCCACCUGCAGGGGGAAAGCUUUACAAGUAGUGAAGUAGGGCUGCAGGUGUCUCUUUGUCCCUCUGUGUCCACCUCCCCUCUCAAUUUCUGGCUGUCUCUAUCCAAUAAAUAAAGAUAAUUUUUUAAAAAUUAAUUUAAAAAAGGGAUGAAAAAAGGGAGAACAUGGGAGGGCAUGGAAGGGGAGUUAGGGACCCCCUAUCCUACAGUUAAAGGAAAAGUGCUUUGAUCAACUUCUUUUACUAAGGAGGAGCCUAAAGAUAAACUUAGUAACUUGCCAAGUAUAACAGCAAGACUGAGGCCAGCAAUCUAUCUCCCUUGGAUAGUGCGCUGCCUUGCCAUGUGCAUGACCCAGGUGGGAGCCCUGCCCCCACUGCAGUGGUGGACGCUUUGGUGCUGUGGUCUCCUUCACACUCUGCCUCUCUGUCUAUAGCUAGAAAUAAAAGUAAGACUAUAACUUCUGGUGCUGCAACUCUUGGUGUGGCACAUCUCAGCCCUUGUUGGCAAACCCUCUAGAUGCCACAGUAGGCAGACCUGGGAAGCUAGCACACCCCAAGAUGACUGCCUGCCCUCCCUCCCAAUAGAGGCAUCUUCUCCCUAUGGAUGGGGGUCACGUGUGGGAGAGAGGUGUCCUUGGGCUCCCUAACCUCACCCCAGGGUCCCUACCUUUCUGGGCUUGUUUGCACAGUGAUGAAAGGCGGCAGAGCCCACUUCUGGGGCUGUUGUGACAUGACGGCCCACAGUGCCCCGGGAGCACUGGCUGUGUGACCCAGAGCUUUGACUAUGUCAACAUUGCUAUUUGAAGGGUUUCGCUCAGCCCUGCUGUUGGGUGCCCCAGGGCAGAAUGCUGUUCCUCUGGCCUCACUGUCCCCAAGGCUGACUGAGGAACACCCUACACAGUGCUUUAUCUCUGAACCUAUCUGCUCCUCUUAACAGGGGCUGGGAGCUCCACGUGGAGCCAAGCACGAGUCCAGAAACUCCCAAGUGUGUGGGCACCACGCAUAGGCCACUGGCUUUAAAUACAGCAUUUAUUGAUUAGUAGAGGCUUAAACAGUUUGUAUAAUGUCUUCAGUACAAUAUCCAGAAAGGAUGAUUGGAAAACCCCAAAAGAAGGCACUAGAGGAGAGCGUCUUAAAACAGAAUGUGUUGGUAGGUUAGUGACCCCUUUGAGUGAAAGCUGGGGGACUGGGGGGGGUCCCUGAGCACCAGCCACCACCACUCAUCCUGUGGGUUCCAGACCUCAGUCCCAGGAAGUGAACCAAGGGGGUGGGGGGAUAUAGAGCUGAAGAGGGGACCCCAUCCUGAGAACCCUAAAGGAGUCAGGAGUCAGUCUCAUCCUGCCUUCCCUCGCUUCAGUGGAGCAGAGCAGAAAUAUGGGGGGAGGGGGCUUCCAGGCUGGGACUGCCUUGGCUUGUUACCUCUCCCCACCUCCC